GUGUUUCCGGAGGGACUUCAAAACGGAAGGCACGAACCGGAAGUGCAGCGGCGGGUCUUCCGGCCCACAAGAGGGCGCCGUUCGGGCGGGGCGCGGCGGGACCGGGCGGCCGCGAUGAAGCGCGAUCGGCGCGGGCGGUUCCUGGCGGCAACGGGCGGCACCGGGGCGGCAUCACCCGAUGGACGGGGGCGGCCAAGGGACAAAGGGGAUGAGGAGGAGCGGGAGACCGGGACCGGACCGACCGCGGGGUGGGAACCGGUGGCGGCGGAGGAGUCCGGAUGGGCACGGCCCGGCGGGGCGGCGGACGGAGGGGUCGGCAGAGCGCUGAGCACCGGGUACUGCCGCCUCUGCCACGGCAAGUUCUCAUCCAGGAGCCUGCGCAACGCCUUCGGGAAGGUCCCUGUGAUGGGGGAGAACUCGGAGAAGCAGCGCCGCGUGGAUCAGGUUUUCUUCACGGAUUUCCAGCGGCUCGUGGGGGUCGCGGUGCGUCAGGACCCAGCGCUGCCGCAGUUUGUCUGCAAGAAAUGCCACGCUCAGUUCUACAAGUGCCGCAGCGUCCUCAGGACCUUCAUUCAGAGGGUGAACGCGUCCCCCACCGGCCACGUCAAGUCGAAAGGAAAGAGCGGUGCGGCCCCGGCCCAGCCUGGUGUGGAAGGAGGUGCCUCCUGUCUGGUCGACCUGAUCACCUCCAGCCCGCAGUGCCUGCACAGCCUGGUGACGUGGGCACACGCACACGCCGGGGGCUGCCAGUCGGUGCCGAGCCUGCAGAGCGUGCUGUCCUCUGAGUACUGCGGGAUCAUCCGUGCGGUCUGGGGCUGCGGGGACGGGCACGACUACGUCAUGGACACGGAUUCUGACUGUAGCACAGUGCUCGUUGAUAAUGCCUUGGCUGUCAAACGGGAGUGGAACAAGAGCAUGGCGCAGCGCUUGACGGACAACGGGGCGGACAAUGCUGAGGCUGUUCCUGCUCCCAAACCCCAGCAUGCUCCAGUAAGGACAACUCCUUGUCAGCAGCCCGCAAACAAAGGGACCGCAGCAGUGCCACUGAAGUUGGAGAAUGAGCCAUCGCAGAACAGGGAUUCAUCUCAUUCUCAGCAGGACAGCACAGCCUCGUUACAGGAGAAAGCCUUGCCCCAGCCCGUGUCACCACUGAGCGGUGCCACAGGACAGUUGAGUGGGAAGCAGGUUCUGUCUACAACGUCGGAUGAGCGGGUAAAAGACGAGUUCAGUGACCUUUCUGAGGGAGACUUCUUGAGCGAUGAUGAAAUCGAGAAGAGAAACAUUCAAUCUUCAGACGACUCCUUCGAGCCUUACCCGGAGAAAAAGGUUUCCAGCAAGAAAAGUGACAGCAAAGAAGCAAAGAAAGCAGAAGAGCCCAAAGUAAGGAAGAAGCCGGGGCCAAAACCAGGCUGGAAAAAAAAAAUCAAAUGUGAAAGGGAGGAGCUGCCUACCAUUUACAAGUGUCCUUACCAGGGCUGCACAGCUGUGUACAGGGGCGCAGAUGGCAUGAAGAAACACAUCAAAGAGCAUCAUGAAGAAGUUCGGGAGAGGCCCUGUCCUCACCCAGGCUGCAACAAGGUGUUCAUGAUCGACCGGUACCUACAGCGUCACGUGAAGCUCAUUCAUACAGAGGUACGCAACUAUAUCUGUGAUGAAUGUGGGCAGACCUUUAAGCAACGCAAACACCUCUCAGUCCAUCAGAUGCGGCACUCAGGAGCAAAGCCCCUCCAGUGUGAAAUCUGUGGCUUCCAGUGCAGGCAGCGAGCAUCACUCAAGUACCACAUGACCAAACACAAAGCGGAGACCGAGCUGGAGUUUGCCUGCGACCAGUGUGGGAAACGUUUUGAGAAGGCCCAUAACCUUAAUGUCCACAUGUCUAUGGUGCAUCCUCUGACCCAGACUCAGGACAAAACCAAGCCCCUGGAGUCAGAGCCCGUUCUCCUUUUAAAUACAUCAGGGACUUCAGAAAGCCAGGCAGUAAAGCCAGAAGUGACUGCACAGCAAGAGCCCACCUGAGGAGGAUGGGGAAGCUUUCCCAGUCUGGCCCCAUAGAAACUAUACGUCAGAGUGGAGAUUUUUAAUCUACAUUUUAGUCUCCAAAGAACUCAAUGGAAUUAGCUUCAGCUUGCUCAGAAAAAAGCUUGUUAUGCUGUGAUUCUCCAUGCUCACGUCUGAUUCAGCAGUGUUGUACUAAGUCUGUCUAAUCCAAGGGGAGUGGAUGCUCGGCGGCGCCCCUUUGUUGUCCCCCCUUCUCCCUACACACACAGUUGUAGAAACAAAGUUGGCCCACAACUGUUCCCAAACUGCACAAGCUGCUGCCUGCUCAGAAUUGCCCUCGAGUGGCUGUAAGGUACGUGUGAUGGUGGAGCAACUUAAAGCAGGCAUUUUGUUUUGGGGAGAAAAACAAAAAAAAAAGAAAAAAAAGAAAAUCCCAAAGCAAGUCUAAACUGAAGUUUGUAACCUACUUUUUAUUGUAAUAAGAGCUUCAUGGUUAUGCUUGUAAUAAAUUAUUUACAAAGUAAUUGGAAAGAAACAGCA